ACCUGAGGUGAGUUCACCGUUGCCCAAAUAAGUGCACGUCGGUUAUUUUUUUAGUAACAUCAUCCAACAGCUUAUUCGGGAAUUGUGACAAUUUUCUUUGCCGGGCUGUUAAGAGAUCACACGAUGGAGUCAGAAGAUGCACAACAAUCACCCGAUGUGCCAGAGGAAGCCAUCAUUGGAAUGAUGGAUAUAUUUUUACUAUGUACGUGUUUAGGAAUUGUUAUUUAUUGGUUCUUUUUUCGUGGAGAGAAAACACAUGAUUCACCAACAGUGAAAAAGUUAACAGUUAUGCCAGCAAGUGGUAGGAGUAAUGAUCCAAGUUUUAUAAAUAAAAUGCGAAAUUCAGGGAAAAACAUGAUAGUGUUUUAUGGAUCACAGACUGGUACAGCUGAGGAGUUCGCCGGUCGUCUUGCUAAAGACGCACAGCGUUAUGGAAUGAAGGCUUUGGUGGCAGAUCCAGAAGAGUGUGAAAUGGAAGAUCUUUCUAAAAUGGGAGAGAUAGAAAAUUCAUUUGCUGUAUUUUGUAUGGCCACGUAUGGUGAAGGCGAUCCAACAGAUAAUGCACAGGAAUUCCAUGAAUGGUUGGAGGAUGGUACUUCUGAACUUAAUGACCUCAAAUACGCGGUGUUUGGUUUGGGUAACAAGACGUAUGAGAAUUAUAAUACAAUGGGUAAAUUUGUAGACAGUAAACUAGAAGAACUUGGUGGUACACGUGUAUUUGAACUUGGAUUAGGAGACGAUGAUGGAAAUUUAGAGGAGGACUUUGUAACGUGGCGCGAAUCAUUUUGGCCGACAGUAUGUGAACACUUUGGUGUUGAGGCUACCGGUGAAGAGGGCAGUGUUCGGCAGUAUGCAGUUACUGUACAUGAAGAUAUACCUAAAGAGAAAAUAUUUACUGGUGAAGUGGCUCGACUUAAGUCAUUCCAAAACCAGAAGCCUCCUUAUGAUGCUAAGAAUCCAUACCUCUCUCCGGUUAUUGUUAAUCGUGAGCUACACAAAGGAGGUGAUAGGUCAUGUAUGCAUCUUGAAUUUGACAUUACUGGAUCCAAAAUAAGGUAUGAGUCUGGUGACCAUGUAGCUGUAUAUCCCAUUAAUGACAGUGAAUUAGUUAAUGGAAUUGGUGACAUAUUGUCCAUUGAUCUGGAUACUGUAUUUUCAUUGCUUAAUGUAGAUGAGGAAGCCAGUAAGAAACAUCCAUUUCCGUGUCCGUGUAGUUAUCGCACAGCAUUAUCGCAUUAUUUAGACAUAACCAGUCCUCCACGUACCAACGUACUACGAGAUUUAGUAGAAUACGCCAGCGACCCUAAAGACAAAGAAUUCAUCUUGGCAAUUACAUCACCGACUCCAGAAGGAAAGAAACAGUACGCCGAUUGGGUACUUGCUGAUCAACGUGAUAUUUUAACUAUCCUACGUGAUCUGCCGUCUUUUAGGCCACCGAUUGAUCAUCUCCUUGAAAUGUUACCAAGGCUUCAGGCCCGAUAUUAUUCAAUUGCUUCAUCACCUAAGUUACAUCCACAAAGCAUUCAUAUUACCGCAAUUUUAGUUGAUUACACUACACGCACUGGAAGGCCUGCCAAAGGUGUUGCUACUAGUUGGCUCAAGAAUAAAAUACCAAAUGGACCGCUUAAACCUACAGUACCAAUCUAUGUACGUAAAUCACAGUUCAAACUACCGUUUAAACCAACAACACCAGUGAUUAUGAUCGGACCUGGAACUGGUUUAGCGCCUUUUAGAGGUUUUAUUCAAGAAAGACAUCAAGCUAAGGAAUGUAGUGAUGCCCGCAACAUGGCACGAGAUGUCAAUGAAGUGCUAAGAGAGGUGAUAAUGGAAGAAGGCGGCAAGGAUAGGGCACAGGCAGAAGAUUACAUGAAGAAAUUACAAUCUAAAGGAAGAUACGCCGCUGAUGUAUGGAGUUAA